CAGAAGGAUCCAGAAAGAUGAACAUAGAGGAGCAGGCUGCUCAGCGUGGCGCAGUUGCGAUAGAUUAAGCUCUGUUUAAUGGUACGUUCUAGCCAAUAGGACUAACACUUUACUGAACAAAACGACAGAGAGGCAGGGCGGCAAACCUUGUAUACAGAAUUAUUGAUUGCAUUCAUCUCAAUAACUAACCCUCGCGAAGCGAAGACCAGAACAGGUUAUGACAGUUGUAAGCAAGCGUUUAAUAUUGCGCCCCAGCGUUUUUAUUGUUCAGUCUAUGCACAUUUCAUAUAAAAGCUCUAAUAAUCAACAAAAGUGCUGUGUUAACGUUAUUUCAGAGUUGUUUCGGUGGGACACUGUAAACGUUCUGUUCACAAAUGUGGCAAGUUCGCCUUUUUAAUCGCUGAAAGCCAACAAAUAUCAAUCCCCGGGCUCGUGGAUGAGAGGCUCGCGCGAGAGACGGCGCAUGCGCACUCACACUUUGUGCCAUAUUGGAAUGAGGUCGUGAACGACUAGGCGGAAAAAGACACGGCAUCUAAAACCGACUUGAAAAACUCCUCACUGAAACUGUUUGAUUGUCCUCCUGGGGCUUCAAACAUGAGCCUUGAGGCGCUGGAGUCUGAUGCGGACUCUGGUCAGGAUGUGUCAGAGUUUAACUGGGAUGACUACCUAGAGGAAACCGGGGCACUUUCUGUUCCUCAUCAUGCGUUUAAACACGUGGACCAGGGCCUGGAGACCGGUCUGACUCCUGGUAUGAAGCUGGAGGUGUGUGUGCGUACUGAAUCAGAAACUGCAUACUGGGUGGCCACAAUAAUCACCACCUGCGGACAGCUGCUGUUGCUACGGUAUGAGGGUUACCAAGAUGACCGGCGUGCCGACUUUUGGUGUGACAUUAUGACCGCUGACCUGCACCCGAUCGGAUGGAGCAAGCAGCAGGGUCGACCGAUGAGACCUCCAGAGGGUGUCCGUGAGAAGCAUCAGGACUGGGAACCACUGCUGGAGAAAGCUCUGGCUGAAUCCUGCAGUGUACCUGCUAGUCUCCUGGAAGGGGCUCAGCGUGGCUGUAAUCCUAUAGAUCUGUUAAGUCCGGAUCUAAACGUCGAGCUAGUGGACCAUCGAGAUGCUGGGGUGGUCUGGUCUGCAGUGAUCAAGGAGAACAUUGGGGGUCGCUUGCGGCUUCGAUAUGCUGGAACAGACGGGCUCCCUGACACCCAAUCUAUAACAUGGGUCUACUACCUGGACCCUCUGCUUCAUUUGCCUGGCUGGGCACAGGAGCACAGCUGCAUCCUUAGACCACCAGUGGAUCUGCUCACCCUGCGCACUGAAGCUGAAUGGGAGGAGGUUAAGAAGACCGUCUCCUCACAGGACCAGGACUCCAGCAUCAACGAGGAGUUUUACAGGGACCGGUCAGCCAUCAGUCCACACUCCUUUACUGAAGGGAUGAAGCUGGAAGCUGUGGACCCAGCUGCUCCCUUCACCAUCAGUCCAGCCACUGUGACGAAGGUGUUUAAUGACCAUUUUUUUCUGGUGCAAAUGGACGAUAUGAGAGACGAGGCACAGAAAGAGGGAGGCGGACGCUCUUUCCUGUGUCACAGAGACAGUCCAGGCAUCUUCCCUACACAGUGGAGUCUGAAGAACGGAGUCAAACUCAGCCCUCCUCCAGGGUUCCAAGGUCAGGACUUUGACUGGGCAGACUAUCUAAAGCAGUGUGAAGCUGAAGCAGCCCCUCAGCAAUGCUUUCCUCCUGACCCUUCUGAUCAGUGCAUUAAAGAGUCCAUGAUGCUGGAGGCUGUUAACCCACUCUGCCCUGAAAACAUUCACGUAGCAACUGUUACCAAGGUCAAAGGUCAACACAUGUGGAUUCGUUUGGAAGGUCUGAAGCAAGCCAUCCCAGAGAUCAUAGUUCACACAGACUCCAUGGAUAUUUUUCCAGUGAGCUGGUGUGAGACCAAUGGCUAUCCUCUUCAGCACCCCUGCAAGCCCAGAGUCGAGAAACAGAGAAAGGUUGCAGUUGUUCAGCCAGAGAAACAGGUACCAUCCAAAGACUCCUCACCUGAUACUACCAAACAACAGAUUAACAGCAGUCAGGCUGAGAUGGGCCAGGCGAAUGGGAAGUACUGUUGCCCCAAGAUCUAUUUUAACCAUCGCUGCUUUUCAGGGCCCUACCUCAAUAAGGGCCGUAUUGCAGAGCUGCCGCAGUGUGUGGGACCUGGGAACUGUGUCUUGGUGCUGAAGGAGGUGCUGACAUUGCUGAUAAAUUCUGCCUAUAAGCCCAGUCGAGUGCUGAGGGAGCUGCAGCUGGACCAGGAGGGCCGCUGGCAGGGUCAUGGAGAGACACUUAAAGCCAAGUACAAAGGGAAGAGUUACAGAGCGACAGUAGAAAUUGUGCGCACUGCAGACCAGGUGGCUGAUUUCUGUCGGAAAACCUGUAUUAAGCUGGAGUGCUGUCCCAAUCUGUUCGGCCCACGAAUGGUGCUGGAGCGCUGCUCAGAGAACUGCUCUGUGCUCACCAAAACCAAAUACACAUAUUACUAUGGGAAGAAAAAGAGCAGGCGUGUGGGCCGACCUCCCGGCGGACACUCCAACUUAGAGGGAGGUGUGAAGAGACGAGGCAGGAGGAGGAAGAGGAGGAAGCAGCUCUUCGUCCACAAAAAGAGACGUUCUUCUGCUUCAGUUGACAACACUCCGGCAGGUUCCCCUCAGGGCAGUGGUGAUGAAGAAGAUCUGGAUGAGGAUGACUCUCUAAGUGAAGACACAGGCUCUGAACUGCAAGACGAGCUGAUGGAUGACUCUGAAUAUUCAGAGAAGAAAUCACAGCCUCCCACCCCCUCCCCGUCCCCUCCAGAAACCCCCCGUCCCACACGCAAACGGCGCAAAGCUCGCUCACCGUCCUGCUCAGAUGAUGAGAACAGACCUCCUUCACCCAAGAGUCCACGUACUGAAGUUCCUCCCAAGCUGUGUUUGGACAGCAGUCCACUGGAAUGGAGUGUCACAGAUGUUGUUCGUUUCAUCAGGACCACCGAUUGUGCUCCACUGGCACGCAUCUUUAUGGAUCAAGAAAUUGACGGUCAAGCGCUGCUUCUGUUGAACCUUCCCACUGUCCAAGAAUGUAUGGACCUGAAGCUCGGCCCCGCCAUCAAGCUGUGCCAUCAUAUCGAGCGGGUCAAGCUAGCAUUUUACCAACAGUUUGCCAGCUGAGGUUGACAUUCUGUAGAGAAGAGCAGGGCCUUUGACAUUUUGGGUGACGUUCCUAAUGUUUGUGAUCUUCCUUGUGCUCUAUGGAUCAUAGAACCUUUAAAAUCACUUAGCGCUUUAGACGCCUCCCGUACCAUUAGAUACUGCUGGAGGGGCGUUUUUCAACAGGGUGAAUAUGGUACUUGUACAGCUGGGCUCUCCCUCUCAAAUUAAGCCUGGACUACUGUUAAGUUUGUGAUCUUUUUUUAAAGAUUAGUUCAACUCAGGGUAAGGUUAGACCUGAGUCAGAGGAACUAGUCCAUUCAGUGUCUGCAACAAUAAGCAAAGCUCUUGUUUCUGAAACCUUUAUUAACUGUAGAGCGGAUGACAAUGCAAUUACCUUAAGCACAAAAAACAGUUGCCCAUGUACUGUAAGUGGUAUGCAACCGUGUACAUACAGGAGCGUGAAUGUAAAUAAAUACUGUAAAUAAGCAGAUGUUAAUUUUAGUGGGACUGCUUUAAUGCUCCCAUUUUGGUUUGGUUUUUCUAUAAAAAGCUUGGGAAUUACACUGUAACACAACAGUGUAAAAGAUGAGGCCAUUGUGGUUUCUGUAAAUACUAAUAAUCAUUUGCUCAUCCUAACGAUGCAUUAUUAAUUAAAAAUGCAGAGUAAUAAAAAAAAAUGACGAGGUGUUGUGGUUAAGACAUAAGCACACAAAGAUUUCAGGUUAUGUCAGUGACUGUGAUAGGGAUAAUAUUCAUAAUGGCAAAUCCAGGGUUUAUCAACAACACCAAACUGAAGAGUCUUGUACUCUUACAAAUGUGUCUGCUUGUAAAAGUAAUAUUUUUAAUAUUAAGCUGAAUGCAGCAACUGUGUUUAAAUGCAUAUACUGCAUUAAAUCAUUUCAGGGGCCUCUAUGUUGUAAUGGUCUAAAUAAACCGUUUGGUCUUGCAAUUGCAAAGCUAUGUCCCCUGCUCAACAAGAUAGCAUCGUUUGGUUUGUUAUCUAUGGAUUGUAUUUGAAUUGAUAAUGAGAUAUGCAACAGUCUCCCUUUUCUUGAUUUAGCAGUCCAUUUCCCUUGAUCCUUCUUCUUUAAGCAAUUUGUGCUGGAAUGGUGAAAGAUGGUUUUGAAAUCCUUGUCUUGCCACAUUCUGUUCUGUUCAUUUGCUGAUUUUCAUCUGUUUGAUUAAAGGUUGUUGAAACAAUAUUGGUUUACUUUUAAUUAUAUGUUGGUGGAAAUUGUUAUUUAAAAGAAAAAUAAAAUGAACAGAAUCUGCAUUUGGUUCCUUUUUUCAGUGGGUGAAUUUAAAGAAAGUGGUUGGGGCUGUGAUGGCUUUAAAUAAUGAAUGUAUUUUUUUCUUUAGAAUAUACAUUUAUAGACGGU